AUGGAGGGAUCAACGCCAUACGAACCAACAAGUGCAGCUAAAUUGACUUUAGCUGCUACAAUAACAAAGGAUGUUGCCACAUCAACCACAGCUGCCANCGAAGCAACAAGUGCAGCUAAAUUGAUUUCAACUGCCCCAACAACGAAAGAUGUUGCAAAAUCAACCACAGCGCCAUCAACGACCUUUGAAGCUUUAGAAACAACCGCAAUAUUUGAAAAAACAACCAUUGAAGUCACUUCUCCAACGACUAAAGCAACCACCACUACAGUACCAACAGAGGGAACAACGCCAUACGAACCAACAAGUGCAGCUAAAUUGACUUCAGCUGCUACAAUAACAAAAGCUGUUGCCACCGCAACCACAGCUCCCUCAUCGACCUUUGAAGCUUUAGAAACAACCGCAAUAUUUGAAAAAACGACAGUUGAAGUCACUUCUCCAACAACUGAAGACACCUCCACUAAAGUACCAACAGAUCUAACAACACCAUACGAACCAACAAUCCCAUCUAAAAUAACUUCAACUGCCCAAACAACAAUUGGUGUUGCCAAAACAACCACAGCUGAAACAACCGUUCUUGUACCUGUAGAAACAACUACAAUUUUUGAAAAAACAGCUAAAGCUAGUUCUUCAACAACAGGCAAAGCUACUUUCAGUACAGUACCAACAGAGCAAACAACACCAUACGAAGCAACAAGUGCAGCUAAAUUGACUUCAACUGCCCCAACAACAAAAAAUGUUGCAAAAUCAACCACAGCACCAUCAACGACCUUUGAAGCUUUAGAAACAACCGCAAUAUUUGAAAAAACGACAUUUGAAGUCAAUUCUCCAACGGUUGAUGCAACCUCCACUAACGUACCAACAGAGGGAACAACGCCAUACGAACCAACAAGCAAAGCUAAAUUGACUUCAGCUGCUACAAUAACAAAGGAUGUUGCCACAUCAACCACAGCUGCCACAUCGACCUUUGGAGCUUUAGAAACAACCAAAAUGUUUGAAAAAACGACCAUUGAAGUCACUUCUCCAACGACUAAAGCAACCACCACUACAGUACCAACAGAGCAAACAACACCAUAUGAACCAACAAGCACAGCUAAAUUGACUUCCACUGCCUUAACAACAAAAGAUGUUGCCACAUCAACCACAGCUGAAGGAACCACAAUUAAAAUUGAAGAAACAACUGCAAUAUUUAAUAUAUCAGUUGAAGUCACUUCUCCAACAGUGGAAGCUAUCUCCACUGCAGUAACAACAGGGCAAACAACACGAUAUGAACCAGCAAGCAGAACUAAGCUGACUCAAACUGCUCCCACAACUAAAAAUGUUGCUACAUCAUCCACUGCAGAAACAACCACUUUUGAACCUGUGGAGACAACUGCAAUAUUUGGAAAAACAACAGCUGACAUUACUUCUUCAACAACAGGCAAAGCUACCUCG